AACAGUACUUGAAGGCAGCAUUGGGUUUGGGUUACACCUCAAAUUCUUAAAUGAUGCUAAAGGAAAAUAUGCUUUUUUGGCGUCUAUGUGAAGGACAACGCGUCCAUAAAAAACUCUGUAUAACAUAACUGACUCAGAAUGGAUGAAGAAGCUAAGCAAACCAGAUGCGAUCUUUUCGACUUGCCCUGGGAGGAUGUUCUUGUCCCACAUAUUUUAUGCCAUUUACCACUGCAACACCUUGUCAGCCUGCAGAGGGUGAGCAAGCAGUUCCACAGCCUCAUCCAGGUGUAUCUAGCCAACUGCAGGAUUUUUGAUCUGUCCGUGAUUGGACCAUCCAUUCCCAAGGAAGCGUUUUGCUCCAUGUUAAAGGACAACAAAGUUCUCCAUAGCCUGUCACUUCAGAACUGUUCAGACUGGGUGACAGACAAGGAACUGCUACCAGUUAUCGGCCAGAACCAGCACCUGCAGAGAGUAGACAUGAGCGGGUGUUUGUCGCUCACCCGCCACUCUCUGGUGGCAGUGUCCUUGAGCUGUAUGCACCUUCAGCACCUCGGCCUGGCUCACUGCGAGUGGGUGGACAGCCUGUCCCUGCGCAGCCUGGCUGACCACUGUGGGGGACUGCAGUCGAUCGACCUCACCGCCUGCCGCCAGCUCAAGGACGAUGCCAUCUGCUACCUGGCCAAGAAGUGUUUGAAGUUAAGGUCUCUAUCUUUGGCAGUCAAUGCCAACAUCACUGACGAGUCGGUGGAGGAGGUGGCCAAGAACUGCAGGGGCCUGGAGCAGCUGGACCUGACAGGUUGCCUGCGGGUCAGGAACCACUCCAUCAGGACUCUUGCAGAGUACUGCCCGAAGCUGCAGUCCCUGAAGGUGAAUCACUGUCACAAUGUGACAGAGUCAAGUCUGGAUCCUCUACGGAAGCGAAAUGUAGUGAUAGAUGUUGAGCCGCCUUUACAGAGGGCUCUGGUACUUCUUCAGGAUGUGCUGGGGUUUGCUCCCUUUAUCAAUCUCCAGAUAUAGCUAAAGGGCCAUCUAUCUGUCCAACAAGAGCUCACAGGUGUCUCUAAGAAACCUCAAGAUAAUCCAAGAAGAUAUGGAUAUUUUGCACUGGCAAAAAUAAUGUGGACAAAAAACCCCUCUCUGGAAUCAUAUUUAUUAAUAUGGAACAGAAAAUUUGUCUGCAUGUGCAAAUGACUGAAAAAAGCCAUGCACUUUUAAGAAUUGCUGCUUCAUGUCCAAAAUAUGUCACUGCACUAUUUGUUAAUCAUUCAGUGUUGUAGGAAUGUGGCUUUAUAGAGAAGUAAUCCUCACCAAAGUGUGUUGUCCACAGUGUAUUGUUUUGUUGUUUUUAAACAAAGUACUUUGUGGAUAUGACAUUUUAAGAAACAUUUAUCUUAUGUUUCAUUUAGAAACAUUAAAAAAAUGUUUGAGUUUAAUUAAACAUUUUAAUUUUGCAUGUAUGUGCCAGCUUAAAGGAUGAAUUCACCCAAAUCACACAAAAGCAUUUUUUCACACACCAUUAGUUUUGUCUAGCUAAGGGUUUUAUUUGUGCAGGUUUUAUCUUCACUACUGAGACUUCUGCUGCCACCACAAUAUAACGAAGGUGAAUGCAGUUCUGUUUGUGGUGCUGACCAUGUGUCUUCCAGAAAGAAUGUCCUGGGUCCUCAGGAUAAUGCACGGACCUCACCGUUUUUAACUGCUUCCCAAUGGAAACUCUUGACUUGCUUGUUGCAAUUAGUUAUUAUGCCUAAACUAUCUGCAUGGCCACCAGAGAUUGGUGGGAAAAUGUUUUUUAUAUAUAUAUAUAUAUAACCCUUUAAUCUGUUGUAAAUAAAUGCGUACUUGUAUAGCUUAGUAUUUGUUUGAAGUAAGUAAAGGAAUUUAUUAUGACUGUUUCUCAUUAAAUCCAUGAAAUGCAAAUUUUGUAAAAAGUACCUCUGUUGAAAUACUGUUGCCCAGUAAUACAGUGUAAGUAUAUAAGAAAUAUUAAAUUGUAAAAUACAGUACAUCCAGAAAUGACUGUUUACACUGCAAUAAAGAGGCACAAGUCUGCUGUGAUGUAAUUAACUGUUA